AUAGCUGCAUCAGUUCUAGCAGGAUUACUUGGUUUGCUCUUGUGCUUGCUUUUGUGUCUUUUGUUGCUCUGCUGUUUAUGCAUGAGUAGGAGGAGAAGAAAGAGAGAGAAUAGUGACUCAAAUGAAUAUGAAAGUACUAACAACAAGAUGUACAUUAAUGAAUAUGAUCCAGAUAAUGAGAUGAAAGAACUAUCUUUUGCUGAUAUAAAAAGCUCGCCUCAAAAUGGAGAUGAGAAGAAAGCAAGUGGUGAUAAUAAAAACAUUUAUGAUGUCCCAAUUACCUUCAGUAAAAAAGCAACAACAUUGUCUGUGAACACAUCUCGACCUGCUGACUACGAAUAUGAUACUGUAACUAGCCCUGAAGAGGCAUCGAUAAACUUUGAAGGAAAUGAUGGCUCAUCAAUGAUGGAAGUGAAGUUGUACUUUACUGAUGAUUCCAGUGAUGAGGAAGAGAUUAAGAAGAAAUGAAAACAAUAACAAUACCUUUAUUUUUUGUUGUGUAUUUUUACUUGCAUACAUAUUAGACCUACUAAGGUGGACCUCGUUAUAAAGAAUGGUUGUUCAUGUUAUAAAAAAAUAGUUCAUGUAGAGAUUUCUUAGAAAUA